GUUGCUCAAGAUGCGCUUUGCCACGUGUGCCCUCGCUGUGCUCGCUGCGCUCGUCGCCGCGAAGGAGGACCUGCCGCCGACGGCGCCGCUGCGCAUUGGCGUCAAGUAUCGCCCUGAGUCGUGCGACCGCAAGUCCGAGAGCGGCGACCACCUCUCGAUGCACUACACGGGCACGCUGCGCAAGGACGGCUCCAAGUUUGACUCGAGCCGCGACCGCAACCAGCCGUUCGAGUUCACGCUCGGGUCUGGCCAAGUCAUCAAGGGCUGGGACCAAGGUCUUGUGGGUAUGUGCGUUGGUGAGAAGCGCCGCCUGACGAUCCCGUCAGGCAUGGGCUACGGCGACCACGGCUCGCCGCCCACGAUCCCGGGCAAGGCGACGCUGGUCUUUGACGUCGAACUCCUCGCGAUCAAAAACCCCAAGACGGAGCUCUAAACCAAUGUACACCAUCGUAUUGUUCGUCAUA